CCCGAAACAAGAAAGGGAAGGACGCGUUCGCCUCAGGUUCACCUCAUCAUACGUCUCUCAUAUCGAGUCACCAACAAAGAUGAGGGGACAAAGUGGAGCAGAGCUGCGUGCAUUUCAAGAAUGCCUCUUCAGGAGCGAAGCUCGGGGAGCAGGCCGCGCCCCGCUAUGUGAAGAAGAUCACUUGAGACAGGGUUUGCUGUUGCUGAGCAUACAUCGGGACGUGUGGGACACAAGGGCAUGUUCCACGGCGCAAAAUCGGCUGCACGCAGCAAGCCAUCGGAAUAACGUUUCGCGCCUCGAGGAGCAGGUUUGGCCGCGAUGAAUACAACGAGAUACACCUUCCGACUACCGACGAUCCGCUGUGCUGUAAUGUACCAGGUCUCAAGCCGCUAUGGGAAGAUUAUAUCCUCUCAGCUGAAAGGCCGGCAAGUUCAUGGCGUCGCGUCGACGGUGGAAAAUCUUUUGAAGGACUCGGCUGAAAGAUGUGACCUGGAAACUCGUAUGGGCGGUUGGCAGUCGCGAAUCCAGCCAGCGUUCAUAAGGGAGCAGGUUGUCCCUCAAAGCGACGGCAAAGAAAAGGGCACGGGCCUCAGAGGACUGGGCAUAUUGGAGAAUAUUUGCAAAAAGCCAACCACGACGAUCCCGACAUGCAACGUUCCGAACAAAGAUGUCGUCCGUCCGGAAAGGAGAUUUAUCACGCCCAAAGGACAAGUGGGGACUUACGAUCCGACCCGCUUCCGUAACUCAUGGACGCAAACAGACCCAGUCCCGCAGGAGCCGUCGGCUCCUUCGACAUCAGCAGGUGGACUCACUGUGUGUACCGAGUGCACGAAGCGGAAAGAUGGAAAGGAAAUUGAGCAAAAGAACAUGCGAAAGACAAGAGAUUUCAAUCAGGAAGAGAGGGAUCUACAGUCGAAGUUCGGCAAAUUCACAGGUUUGAACCGUGCAGACGGGCCGGAACUGGGUACCAGGGCAUCGAAACCCUCUAGAACGCGGGUACUGGACUCCGAAGACGAGAGCUCUACCCGGCAGGGGCAGACCCGACUGGGCGCAAAACGUCGAAGAGACCUGAAUGGUGAAAAUGAACUCGAAGGGCAUAAGAGAGCCUCGAAACGGAACGCUUUUAUAACAGGCAACGAAGCACUGAGUGUGUUGGGACCCUCAACAUCCAACCUAGCAGAUGCUGAGCAUUCGGAAGAGUCGGACGGUCAGAUGCAGCUUAGCAAAACCUCUUCCCGACGAUUCGUCUCACCGUUAAUUGACAAAGCCGAGAAAGGCGGAAAAGCACGGAAAGGGAAGAAGGCGGAAAAGCAGGUUGAUGGGCCUUUGAAAAACAUAGAAGCGCAUAUGAUCGACCUAAUCAAGAAUGAGAUGCUCGGCGAUGUUUCCAACGUCACGUGGUAUGCGGCAGUUGACCUUCUGCCACGAAUAGUCUUCCCGCUUCUCACCUACACGCCAGGGAGGACAUUGCUGGCCUUCAGCUGGCGAAGGCGACCAUCAAGGAGGCAGUAGUCUUUCCGAUGAUGCGCCCCGACAUAUUCAAAGGCCUCAGGGCUCCUGCGAAAGGUGUACUUUUGUUUGGGCCUCCCGGAACAGGGAAAACGCUCAUUGG